AUGCCGAUAUGUCGACGAGGUUAUACUAAAUAUAUAUUAUUAACUUUAACAAUAUGGCUUGGUGCUAUUGUUUUAUUUACUUUUCGUACUGAUUCGUUAUCUCAAUCAAAUAAUGAUAUGCAAAUAAAUGUAGUCGAUAGAACUGCACCACCAUCGUUAGUUGAUCGUAUUAUUGGUGUUUUACCAUUUAAAACAAAGGUUGAUAAUGAUCAUCCACCGGAAGAACGUCUUCGAGCAGUUGAACAAGCACGUAACAUGAGUGGUCAAGUACAAGUUGUUGCACCUGAUAUGAAUAAUGGUCAUAAUGAUCCUAAAACUGGUGGACCUGGUGAAAUGGGUAAUGCAGUUCGGAUUGAUAAAGAUAAACUAUCAAAAGAAGAAAGAAAAAAAUAUGAUGAUGGAUGGCAAAAUAAUGCAUUUAAUCAAUAUGUUAGUGAUAUGAUUUCAUUGAGAAGAAACUUAGCAGAUAUACGUGAUCCAGAAUGUAAAAAAGUUGAUUUUCAUCCAAAUUUACCAGAUACAUCUGUUAUUAUUAUAUUUCAUAAUGAAGCACGUUCAGCAUUAUUACGUACAGUUUGGUCUGUUAUUGAUCGUUCACCACCUCAUCUACUAAAAGAAGUGAUACUUGUUGAUGAUUUUUCUGAUAAAGGUGCGUUAUCGGUAAUACAUUUGAAACAAGCACUUGAUGAUGAUAUUAAAUCAAUAAAAAAUGUUCGAUUAGUUCGUACAGAUAAACGUGAAGGUCUUAUACGUGCUCGUCUGAAAGGUGCUGUUGUUGCAAAAGGAAAAGUUUUGAUAUUUUUGGAUUCACAUUGUGAAUGUGCCGAAGGAUGGCUUGAACCACUCUUAGAUCCAAUUGCACGAAAUCCAAAAGUAGCUGUUGUUCCAUUAAUUGAAAUUAUUGAUGACUCGACAUUCCAAUUAAUUGGUACACCAAUACAAAAUAUACAAGUAGGUGGGUUUGAUUGGAAUCUUAUUUUUAAUUGGCAUGUUACACCUGAACGAGAAAUGAAAAGAAGACAAAAAAAGACCGAUCCAAUCAGGAGUCCAACAAUGGCUGGUGGUUUAUUUGCUAUUGAUCGAGAUUGGUUUAAUCAACUUGGUAUGUAUGAUCCAGGCAUGGAUAUUUGGGGUGGUGAAAAUCUUGAACUUUCUUUCAAGGUUUGGCAAUGUGGUGGUGAACUUUUAUGUGCACCAUGUUCACAUGUCGGUCAUAUUUUUCGAAAACGUUCACCAUAUCAAUGGCCUAGUAAUGUUAAUGUUGUUAAAAAAAAUUCAGUUCGUCUUGCUGAAGUUUGGCUUGAUGAUUAUAAAGUAAAAAUAAUUCAAUAA